CGCCGCAGGCACGUGUGAUGGUCGCGACCAUGGCGUCCUCCCCUCACAGCCUCUUCUCCGCGCUCCGAUCCCUACCAUCUCCCCCUCCUCCUCGUUCCCGUUCUCUCAAAACCUUCGCGCUUGUGUCCUCUCCUUCCUCUUCUUGUUUCGCUUCCGUUUCUUGUAUUUAUCGCCCAUCAGGCCUGCGGUUCCCCUUGACCCCUCCGAAGAAAAGGGCGCUCCGCCGGGCCUCUGCCUCCACCCCCUUCGUCGCCGCCGCACUCGGGAAGCUCUCGGACGCGGAGCUUGUUCCGGUUCCGAAGGGCCCUGGAGAGUUGGACGGCAAAUUCCCCUCCGGCGCCGGUGUCUACGGGGUCUACGAUAAGGAAGGGGAUCUCCAGUUCAUCGGGAUAUCGCGCGAUAUUGCGAGCAGCAUCGCCAGCCACUCAAAGUUCGUCCCCGAUCUGUGCCAUUCGGUGAAGGUAAGCCUAAUUGAUGAGGUUGAACCGGACCGAACCGUUCUAACCAACGCUUGGAAAUCAUGGAUGGAAGAGCAUAUCUCGGCCACCGGGAAAGUCCCACCGGGGAAUGAAUCUGGAAACAACACAUGGGUCAGGCGGCCGCAGAAAAAGCCAGAUCUACGGCUGAUGCCUGGUCGCAACGUUCAGCUGACUGUCCCUCUGGAGCAGCUCAUCGAUCGGCUCGUGAAGGAAAAGAAGGUAGUUGCAUUCAUCAAAGGAUCAAGGAGUGCUCCGCUCUGUGGUUUCUCUCAAAGGGUGAUCGGAAUAUUGGAGGCUCACGGCAUCGACUACGAAUCUGUUGAUGUGCUGGACGAGGAGUACAACUAUGGGUUGAGGGAGGCGCUGAAGAGCUACAGCAAUUGGCCCACAUUCCCGCAGGUCUUUGCCAACGGAGAGCUUGUAGGUGGAUGUGAUAUCAUUUCCUCCAUGGCAGAGACAGGUGAGCUUGCUUCACUUCUCCAGAAGUAAGCCAAUCAUGUUAUUUGAUCUUGUCAUAUCGAGAAACCAUUAAAGGUAGAGAGAUAUUUGAAGAUUCCUGAAUUGUAACUUGCAAGAGUUGUUGUGA